GCAUUUCAGGACUCCUGAGAAUUCGGGGAUUCCAAUCAGAGCAGAAUCAGAAGAGUGAACCCACAGCUGAUUGGGCGGCCACACCAAAUAUAGCAAAAGUGCGUAACAUCAGAUCAAUCGUUUACAAAACAAACUCUCUUUCUUUCGCUCUGAAACUGUCGCAGAAAGCUCUCUCUACUCUCUCUCGUCGUUGCUGUAGGUAGUUAUGGGGUGGAGCUGCCGAUCCAAACCCGUCCUUUUCUUGCUUCUCCUUCCGUUUUGCUUCAUCAUCAUCUCUCCCUCGCUAGUAUCUGCGGGGUCGGCUGCUGAUGGCUACCUUAUUAGUGGCCAAGUCAAGAUCCCAAGUCUAGGGGUGAAAGGGUUUGGUCUUCAUGGAAAAAUAUCAAACAUCAAAGUCAUACUAAAUGGUGGCCAAAGAGUUACCUAUCUGAGGCCUGACGGGGUUUUCUCAUUCCAUAAUGUACCUGCGGGGACUCAUCUAAUUGAAGUGUCUGCAAUAGGUUAUUUCUUUUCUCCGGUCCGAGUUGAUGUUAGUGCUAGAAACCCAGGCAAGGUUCAGGCAGCACUGACUGAGAAUAGGAGGGGUCUCCUUACAUUUGUUUUAGAGCCACUUAGAGAGGAACAAUAUUAUGAGAUAAGGGAACCCUUCAACAUUAUGUCUAUUGUAAAGAGUCCAAUGGGUUUGAUGGUUGGAUUUAUGGUGGUGGUUGUGUUUUUGAUGCCCAAACUAAUGGAGAACAUGGAUCCCGAAGAAAUGAGGCGAACUCAAGAAGCAAUGGGAAACGGAGGACUAGCAAGCAUGUUACCUGGUGCUGCUGCGAGGAAUUAAAACAAUUAGAAAUCCACAACCCUCUCUGCAGAUGGAGCACUUCAGGAGCGGAGAUGUUGUGUACCAUUAUGCCCACAAGGGUUUUGUUUUAUUCCAGCAAAAUUCCAUAGAUACUAACCUGCUGUUGUAGAAUUAUUAUUCUUUGAAGCUAAGAAACGUGAUGUUAACAUCACGCUGACAAUACUUUUUUGUUUCUGUAUUGGUAUAUUAGUGUUAGCUUGAUUUCUACGUUUCUCUAACUCUUUACUGCCUAUAGAUGUGAAACAUAUUACCUCAUGGGCAAUGACGGAUGCAGAGGGGGUCGAGUGGGGGUUGUUGCCCCCAGUGAAUUUCCUUUUAUGCCCAACAGCUUUAUAUGUAUGUCUAAUGUUUAGUCG